CACCAGUCGUUUUUUGCGAACGCAAAGAAAAUUGAAAAUAAUAACUAAGAAGAUACAAAAUUGAAUAUGGAUAUAAAUUUAGUGCCGUAGUGCAGAUCACAUUUAUACAUGUCAUCGUUUUAUAAUAUUAAUUUCAUAACAACUUAUCAAGCACAGAUAUUAGAUUAUGGAUGAAGAUCGCAAUGAUUCGUACAGGAGUCCAGUGUACACUAAGGAAGAGGUCAAUGCUUUGUUGAAUAUUAUUGAAAAUUAUAAAAGUAUUAUUAUAAAUAAAUCAACUUCGUCCGCCGCUAGUCACGCUAAAGACAGAGCAUGGAAUUCAAUAGCCAAAGUUUUCAAUAGACAAGGCUUCAAGCAUACUAGGAGUGUUGAAAGCAUAAAAACCAAGUGGGAUAAUUUAAAAAAAGAAGCAAGGAAGGCAGCUAAAAAUAUUUUGAUAAUUAAAAACUAUGACAACGAUUUGUGGAGUCGAGUUGUUACGAUGUUAUUCGAACAUGAAAAAAAUGAAGACUCCAAACCGUGUCUUGAAAAUGGAUCAAAUGAGAUAAAUACAAAAGAUAAAGAUAAUGCAACGGUAAUGGAUUUUGAAGAAUGUGAAAAUGAGGAGUCUGAUAGCUCAGAUGGUGAUAUGCUGACUAUUAGGUCAAACAGAUCUUCAAAUUUCUUACCACAAGAGUGCAGUCUUCUUUUAAAAUGUGUUAGAGAAGAGAAAAAUAAUAUAUUCAAUAAGGAAACGAAUGCAAAAACAAAUCUUCUCAAAAAAAGUGCCUGGACGAGGAUUGCAGAGUCCUUUAAUAAACAGAGCCCACAGAAAAGAUGUGAUAAAGUUUUGCGCACAAAGUUUCACAAUAUGAAGAAAGCUGCCAAGGCAGCACAUAUGAAACAGUAUUCAUUGAAUAGUAAGCAUGAAAAAGAGAAAAUAAAGACUGAACCACUGUUUGACUGUAAAUCUGACUCAGACACAGAUGAAGAAAAUACUAAUGACAAUUUAGAAAUGGAUACCUUAAGUUCUAAUAAAAAUAGUUAUGUAACCAUUGAUCCACUAGAUAUAGUGAUCAAUGGUGACUGUGAAAAUGAAACGAAACCCCCAUAUAAUCCCUGGUGCACACAUGAUAGUAAACAUGUUGAGAAUUUAAAAAUACAACUCCUCAAUUAUCAGUUGGAAACUGCAAAGAUGGAAAGAAAGAGGCUAGAGAAUACAAUGCAAGCUGAACUAGCCGCAUUCGAAUCUAAUGCAUUGGAACGGUCUCUGAGGCUACGGGCAGCUAGGCUGGAAGUUAUAGCAGCACAGAACAAGCUACCAGCAAACCAUCCUGCACUGCUGUUUACUGAUGAAGAGAAACCAGCCCAACAGUACUUAGAGUGAUGUGGUCAUACCUUAAGUUAUUUUUUGUAAGAAAUGAAUGAGUCAGUGGCAGUGAAUGUGUUAGUGUUGUGUUUAGAAUAAGUGUUAUGGUUCAAAACAAAAAUAAAUGUUGCAUGUGUAACAGUGGGUUUAAAACAUAUUAUCAAUGUUUUGUCAAAGAUAAUUACACGGAUGAUGAUAUGUUUGAUACAGAGAUUAAGGUCUCGGAAACCCAGUCAGUCAGAAUACACGGGAUUGUGUGGGUGAGUACUUCUUAUAUAUAAAAUUCUCGUGUCACAAUUUUCAUUUUCUCUCCUCCUCCUCC